GUUCGGCUGAGUUCUUUCGGAAUGGCUCUUCUUCAGCAAACCAUCGGACCCGUCUACUCCUUCCUCGUACUAUGGUGCGCCUGUGUCUCCCUGGGAAGCACCGAAGCCGCCACUUGCAACCUGCAGUCCACCAGCAUACGCAUCACCCGAGACCAGACCGACGAGCAGGGAGCCCUACAGCGCACGUGCGAAGGUACUGUGUUCGUGGCACGAUGUGAGGGCACCUGCGUCUCCCAAGUGCAGCCGUCCAUCACGCUGCCGCACGGCUUCCUCAAAGAAUGCAACUGCUGCAGAGAAACGUACAUGAACCGACGCGAGAUCCAGCUACAGGACUGCUUCGAUCCAAACGGGCAGAAGAUCUACGGCGCAGAGGGCAGUAUGACCAUUUUCUUGGAAGAGCCUCAAGAAUGUGCCUGUCACAAGUGUGGACUCUGAAACGCUGCAUUCUAAAUGAGGCAUCGUUAACGCUACGAUUGAUGCUGUCGUGAACCAAUGUCCGCCUUUCGAUGUCGCGCAGUGUGUUAGAGACUUCGCGUACUCCCCAAGGCAAGAGAGCCGGAGGAAGUCAGGCUUUGGAACUCUCACAUUUCGCUGUAGGAUAACAGAAAUCUGCGUUGUCACCUAUUGGUUCCUGAUAAAACAACUAAAGACACGGUGCAGACACGGUAUAGUUGCGCGUAUUCCAGAAGAUACCGGCGUAAUGAAGAGGGUCACUUUCCAAACUUGAUUAGUCCUGGGUGGUCACGUGGUGCUGCAGCAACAAACCCAUGGAGGUAAGAAACUAAGGAGAUGCCCUAAGCGCCUCUCCCAAUGCAAGCGAGCGUGCUGUGACCCGCGCAUGGCAUUGUGGUUAGUUGCCCACACACGUGACCCAUAAACGUCACGGCAAGACGUCAUAAAACAUGGCGUCCUCCAUGUCCGCGGCGUACCUUACCUGAAUACAGAGACGAGCUGCGGCCGAAUAACUUGUUUUCGCUUUCAUAACAUCUUUGGAGUUAGAAGCUAUCACACCCAUUGAAACACAAGAUAGAUCAUCUCAGUGUGGAAGCAAUGGAUCACUAAAUCGCUAGAAAACGUACGUACGUCAUCGUGACAUUGCCUGGCUUCUCUGCUGUUUUGCUCAACUUUUGCUGUGUUUUAUCACGCGGCGAAUGUUGAAACACCCCAUAACCUUCAAAGUAUUGUGCGAAUGGACUCCUUGAAGGUAAGAGGUUUCCUGAUGAUGAGAUUUGCUAAACUUCCAAUUCUCCGCGCAGACCGCCAUAACGCCGAAACAUGUGGGGAUCACGUGACUGGGCAACUAGAUGGGCGUGGUAUUGCCAGGAGCGACCGCUAGAGGGGUCCCACGGCCCUCCGAUCGUAUCCCCCUCUCCUUAGUUUCUUACCUCCAUGAACAAACCAAUGGACUCGAAACCGAAAGUGAUUUAUAGCUUAUUUAAUUUUACCCCCUCUAUUCAUUACGGAUUAGCGAGUGAUUACUUCGGGUUAAACCCGAUUCCGUCCGGUUAUUCCCCCCGAACUGACCUCCGACCAAUUCGGGUUAAACCUGAUUUCUCCCCGAAUUCGAUCCGGUCACUAUGAAAUCCUCACUUGACGUUCCCACAGAAGACGAACGAAGGUCGCCGCGUGUAACUAAGAAUGGGUCACGUUUCCAACAACAUACUCAUGUGUGACUGUCAACACUGUCUAUACAUUCAGGGAUUACCGCUGGAAGGUCACGUUCCGCAAAAAAACAAAACGAAAAAGAGAUUACCACGCGAUAACACCCGAAGGCACAAUUAUCGCCCGAUUUCUCCCAGAAUUAGAGAUUUUAAAAUAGCGCCCGAUUUUUACUCCCCGAAUCUGAGAAAGGCGUUUAACCCGAAAAAGCAAAGCAGCAGUUUCAUGACCAAAGACUUACCAUACAGGCUGGUGACAGCAUAUGCCACACCAGGAAGCUUUGUAGGAUUUUGGAUCGAUCUCAAGGAUACAAAGGGUACACGUGCUCGUAUGUUGCAGACGCACGCGCAGUAUGUUUUGAACCAAGGUUGUUUUGUUAUAACCUUGCAUUGAAGUGAUGUAAUGUCUCGUCGCGAGCAGGGCACGUUAUGUUGUCGUAAAUUACCGAAGCAUUUGCACACGUACACUCUUAGAAAUGAACUUCACUGCAUAGCA